CUUCAACCCAGAGAGGGGAAACGUGGGCGAGGUUCAGCUGGAAGUCGGACUGGAGGAGCUGAGGCUCGUUAGAGAACUUUAAACCCAGCGGGAGCAACAAGAAGCAGCGUUUAAGGCAUCAAGAGCCGCUGUGGAUUGAUGUUUUUAUCUGUAGCUGUGUGUUUCUGCAGCUCUGAUCCUCAUAAUGACCGUCUCACUUCUUCUUCUCCUCUUUUCUGUGAGUGUAGCUUCGGUCCAGAGCCAGGGUUCCUCCCAGGACGCCUUCAUCAUCCAGUACCUGGAGAGGAGGCUGGUCCAGAUGGAGGAGCGUCUGAGUCAGUGUGAGCAGAACAUCGUGAGCGUGACCCAGAAGAGCUACGACCUGUCGUCUGAAAUCAGAGGCUCUCUGUCCACGUUCAGCGUCCUGAGGUCGGAGGUGAAGAGUCAGGUGGACGGAGUUUCUGCUCGGGUCGACCGGCUGGAGAGAGAGCUGGAGUAUCUGGAGAACAAGAUCCCCAGCCAGUCGGACAUCGAGAUGGAGGAAACUCUUCUGGAGCAGCAGAUCAAAGCUGCAGAGCUGGACCAGCUGAAGAAGAAAGCAAAGCUCCAGGUGCAGAACGACUGCAGCGCGGCUCUCAGUCAGAUCAGAUCAGUGAAGAUCGUGAAGAAGGUUGGAGACGCCAUCGGUUCGUGGUUCAGAGACCCGACCGAGGGCUCAGAGAAGGUCUUCCUCCUCAGUGGGAUUCGGAACAACUCGGUUCUUCAGUUCAGUUCUCUGCAGAGCUUCAUAGAAACGUCGUCUCCAGAGAAGGUUCUGCUGCUGCCGGUCCACUGGCAGGGAUCCGGUCACGUGGUCUACAACGGGUUCUUCUACUGCCACAAGGCCGACACUCCCAACCAGAUCCUGAAGGUGGAACUGCUGAACGGGACGGUGGUGGACAGCACUCUGCUUCCAGGAGCAGGACGUCUUCCUGUCUACAGCCUGAACCCAAACACCUUCCUGGACAUGGCUGUGGAUGAGCUGGGCCUCUGGGUGAUUUAUGCUGACCCUGAGUAUGGAGGAAACCUGGUCAUCACCAAACUGGACAAAGGGACUCUGGCUGUAGAAUAUACCUGGGAUACUCAGUGUAAAAGCCAUGAUGCUGAAGGAGCUUUCCUCAUCUGUGGAACCCUCUAUGUGGUUUAUAACACCAGAUAUGGAGGACGUUCUACCGUCCAGUGUCUCUACGACAUCCACGACACCAUCCACAGCAAUGAGAGUCCAGUGAUGUUCUUCCCGAAGCGUUACACCAGCCACAGCAGCAUCCAGUAUCACCCUGGAGACCAGCAGCUGUACGCUUGGGACGACGGAUACCAGACCAUCUACAAGGUGGAGACCAGGAGGAACGACCGGGUUACUGCAGACUGAUCAUCCUGAACCUGUAGCACUGCAGAAACAACCCACAGUCCUGCAAGAAGAGUUAUUUUUAUGUAACUGUAGAGAUCCUUUGCUGGCAUCGGAUGCUGCCUCCAUCACUGUUAGACACAAUAAGCUUUGUACAACCACAAUAAAGAGCAUUUAAAUGUC